UCAAGGCAGUCAAUCCGGAGCUCGCUUUCUCAAGAUGGCGGCUGCUAAGGAAGGUGCUGCCGUUGAAGAAGUGGCGUCGGGGACCGGGCGGCGGCUUCACUUGGGGAUUCCUGAAGCAGUGUUUGUGGAAGAUGUAGAUUCCUUCAUGAAACAGCCUGGCAAUGAGACUGCAGAUACAGUACUGAAGAAGCUGGAUGAACAAUAUCAGAAGUAUAAAUUUAUGGAACUCAACCUUGCUCAAAAGAAAAGGAGACUGAAAAGUCAGAUUCCUGAAAUUAAGCAGACUUUAGAAAUUCUAAAAUACAUGCAGAAGAAAAAAGAGUCCCCCGAUUCAAUGGAGACCAGAUUUUUAUUGGCAGAUAACCUGUACUGCAAAGCUUCGGUUCCUCCUACUGAUAAAGUGUGUCUGUGGUUGGGGGCUAAUGUAAUGCUUGAAUAUGACAUUGAUGAAGCUCAGGCAUUGUUGGAAAAGAAUUUAUCUACUGCUACAAAGAAUCUUGAUUCUCUUGAGGAAGACCUUGACUUUCUUCGAGAUCAGUUUACUACUACUGAAGUCAAUAUGGCCAGGGUUUAUAAUUGGGAUGUAAAAAGAAGAAACAAAGAUGAUUCUACCAAGAGCAAAGCAUAAUGCUGACAACAAAAAAUGUGAUUCAGUUUUCCAAACAUGUUGUUUUAAAUAUAUGUGUUUUUCCUUUAAAGGUUGACAUUAGUUUUAUUUUUUAACAAGAAUGAUUAAAAUUUAAGAUAAACACCCAUUUUAUUUAUUUAUAAACAAAAUAUAUUUCAAAUAGUACAGAAAAUUAUUUCAUACUUCCCAACAAAAUUAAUGCUGUUUUUUUAUCUUUUUUUUUUUUUUUUUGGUGUAUCAAAUGACAACUCAACUGAAAUGGCCGGAACUGUGAAGUAUGCUAUGGAAGGCUGAAUGCUGGGCACUAGCAGUUUACUUUUCUUUAUUAAUCGACGUUACUCUCAUUUGAUAUGGUUAACUAUUUUAGAGUUAGGAACUACAGUUUCAUUAUGUGUAAACUUGUUUUUCUUUAUACUUAUAGACAUUAUGUUGCUUUCUGUUGUGUUGUCAGUUGUAUAAAUGGGAUUUCAUGAGUUACCACCUAACCAAUAACUACUAUUGAGACAACACUUUUAACCCCACAUAAGUGCGUAAUGUCUUUUUGAUGCCAGUAUAAGGGAGAUCUUGGCCAAUGGGAGAUACUACACAUUUGAAAUGCAUAGCUGAUUCUGUAUUUUUUACAAAACCAUUCUCCAAAGCAUCUUGAACAGGAAUAUUUGGAUAAAUGUAAAUCUGAAAUGGUUAAAAAGAAUUGUGAGCUUUUUCAUUCAUAAAUCUGCAUAGGAAUAAAAAAAUUUCAGUGGAAAGCAAUUUAUACUAUGGCAAAAGUAUUGGAUGAUAUCAAUUCUGGUAAAAACACAAAUGUGUUAUUCUAUCUCCAUGUAAUAAAAAGUAUACUAGUACAAUAUUUUUGUACUUGUAUUUCCUGUUAUUAAAGCAAUGAUAUUGAAACUGUA